AUGGACUACUCCAAGGAGGAGCUCGCCACUGCGCUGAACCCGGUCGUCGGCUACUUUGACCCGCUCGGCCUCGCGACGGCCGACUUCUGGUCGCAGGGCAACGAGGCGACGUGGGGCUGGCUGCGGCACGCUGAGAUCAAGCACGGGCGCGUCGCGAUGUUCGCCUUUGUCGGCUACAUUGCCCAGUACAACGGACUCCACUUUGGCUUCCCGCUCAGCCUGCCCGAGUCGCCGUCGUACGCCGCGGGCCUGACGCCGCCGGAGCAGUGGGACGCGCUCCCGCUGCUCGCAAAGGCGCAGAUCUUCACCUUCAUCGGCUUCCUCGAGUUCUGGAGCGAGCUCGGCAUGGAGACGCACUACAUGAAGGGCGGCAGGCCGGGUGACUACCCUGACUUUCCCAAGGCGGGCGUCAUCCCCGUCACUCCCGUCAAGGUCUUCAACCUGUACGACCCGUUUGGCUUCGCGGGCAAGAGGUCCGAGGAGCAGAAGGCCAAGGGCCUCCUCGCCGAGAUCAACAACGGCCGCGCAGCGAUGAUCGGCAUCAUGGCGUUCCUCGCCGAGCAAAAGAUCCCCGGGUCCGUGCCGUGGGGGCCGCACCUCAAGCCGUACGCGGGCGAGGUGAUGGCGCCCUUCAUGUCGUGA